UGGCGAGUCUGUCCUCAGGCUAACCAACUAGUGCCUGAUUAGUUCCAACCGGGAAUUGCUUCCUGUUCCUGUUAUGUCCUUCUUCUUUCUUCUUCUUCUUCCUCCUCCUCUCUCCUCUCUCUCUCCUCUCUUCCUUCUCUCGCUUCUUCUUUUUCUCUUCGUCUCCACCCCUCUCCUCUUUUUUCUCUGGCGCGCCUUGUAUGAUGCUCUCUUUCCCUCCCGUCGCACCAUGACUUCUCCCUCCCCCAAUGGCGCUUCCCGUCCACCCUUGACCCAUCCGGAUCAGCCGGAUUCUCAGCAGCACUUGCUGGCGCACGAUGCCUCCCUCACGGUCGCACAAUCCGUCUCCCUCACCUUGGCCGGGGACUCCCUCAUCGUUCUUGACGAGCGCCCGUCGCGCCAAGCCGAUCGCACGUGCUGCGGUCUCCUCCCCUUAUCAGCACCCCAAGAGACCCACUCCAUCGCCCUUUUUAACAUCCUCGAUGCCGAUCUUACCCCGACCGACUUGACCAUCACAUACGCCGCGCCGCAACCGAAAUCGGAGAUUUCCGUGGCCACCCUCCACUACCCGGUCGCGCAGAAGGAAAAAGCACAGAUCGAAAAGUGGGUGGCCAAGCUGCUCGACCUCGCAUACGGUGCCGCCCAGCGCCAUCGUCGCCUCAAGGUCCUGAUCAAUCCCUUUGGCGGACAGGGUGGCGCCCGGAAACUCUACCACAAGUACGCCGAGUCCGUCUUCGCGGCCACUGGGUGUCGUCUGGAUGUGCAGGAGACCACCCACCGCGGCCACGCCACCGAGAUCGCCGAGAAUAUUGACGUCGACGCUUACGAUGCAAUCGUCUGCUGCUCUGGGGAUGGUUUGCCGUACGAGGUCUUCAAUGGUCUGGCCAAGAAGCCGAACGCGAGGGAGGCCCUCGCCAAGGUGGCUGUGGCCAUGUUGCCAUGCGGGUCCGGGAACGCCAUGUCGUGGAACCUCUACGGCACGGGGAGUGUCUCCGUCGCCGCCCUGACGAUCGCCAAGGGCGUCCAAACCCCCAUAGAUCUGGUCUCCCUCACACAGGGCCAGACUCGGACCCUUUCCUUCCUGUCGCAAUCGUUCGGGAUCGUCGCUGAGUCGGACUUGGGCACGGACGAUAUUCGCUGGAUGGGGGCGCAUCGGUUCACCUACGGCUUCCUCGUGCGACUUAUGCGACGGACCAUCUACCCGUGCGAUCUGGCCAUGAAGGUGGUUCUGGACGACAAGAAAGCCAUCAAAGACCACUACGAGGAGUACGCCGGCCGCCCGGCGCCCGGUCGCCCGGACGAGGUUCCUGCCGGCGGCCUACCCGAGUUGCAGUACGGCACAGUCCAGGACGAGCUCCCGAGCGACUGGGAGGUCAUCCCCGGGGAGACCAUGGGCAACUUCUACGCGGGCAACAUGGCCAUCAUGUCCAAGGAUACCAGCUUCUUCCCGGCCGCGGUGCCGCAGGACGGACUGAUGGACGUGGUCACCAUCGACGGGACGGUCAGCCGGUCCACGUCCAUCAAGAUGAUGACCUCCAUCCCGGAAGGGACCUUCUUCGACAUGCCCGACGUGCACGUGCGCAAGGUGGCAGCCUACCGAUUGAUUCCGCGGGAGACGGAAGGCUACAUCAGCGUGGACGGCGAGUCGGUCCCGUUUGAGGGAAUCCAAGCCGAGGUGCACCAGGGGUUGGGUACUGUGCUCUCCAAGUCGGGCCACCUGUACGAGACGGACGGGCCUCGGCCUUGAGAUAGAUUUUCCCCCUUAUUAUUUUUUUUUUCUUUGGUUUUGGCUUUUGAUUUUGACUUUGGCGACUACAUGUCUACCAUGAUUUGUAUCAUUACUGUUUCAGUCGCACACCUGAUGAGAUACCCGGGCGCAAUACCCAGUGGCA